AUGAGGGAUGCGGCUUACGUUUUUCAAGGCGACUCGAACUCGCCUGUACCUAAUAGGGCAAAUACAGUAAAUUUGCUUUCUACGAGGACGACAGCGAGCAUCCCUCCUGACGACGCUGGCCCCGUACAGUCGCCACGGCAGCCGAGCCAGAAUUCGAGUUUAUCUUUUCAACAGCAGAACUCACAGCAAGACGGAGGAAGCAGCGUGUCGACCGAAGAGAACACCAGCCUUGGCCAGGCUCAGGUGGAGGCGUCCACGUGGCAGAGUGUCCUACGAAGCCCAGUCGAGGCCCGCAGGCGGAGCAGCAUUCCGGGUCGGAUCGUUCUGACGCGGAGAAGCGCAAGCGUCGAACGAGGCGGGUCAGGAUUGCAGCCGUUUCUGAACGACAAGAGAUCCGGCAGUCUUUGUUUCCUGGUCCCCCGCGAAGGCGAUGAGGGCGGUGAAGUUGAAAAAGAGGAAGAGGAGGAGGAGGAGGAGGAAGAGGAGAAGAUGCUCGGUGGUCUCAGCCAACAGCUGAACGAGAUGAUCUUCAUUCAACGGCUGGCCGAGGAGCCUCCGAGAAAGAUGCUCGAGAGAAACGUGAUUACGUUGCUGGAGGACGAC